AUGGUGACUUUGUACGACAGGGAUAACUUGGAGUUCACCUUCGCAGAGACGACUCCCACUGAUUCGUUCUCACUAGGUAGCUACAGGGUCUCACUUGGAUAUCAGACAUGCGAUUGCGGAUACUUUCAGGCACUUUAUUUCCCAUGUCCUCACGCCCUGGCAUGCUGUGCCUACUCACGGCUUACUUGGCAACCGUACGUCCACCAGGUGUAUCAUCUUAGUUCGGUGUUCAGUGUGUAUCGGAUGGGGUUCACACCUCCCAUUCCAAAGGGUUUCUGGCCACCAUAUGAUGGGCUGACGGUGAUCCCAGACCCGAACAAGAGGCGUGCGAGGGAGGGUCGUCCCAGGUCCACUCGGAUACGGACCAAUAUGGACAAGACAGAUCCGAACUGGCCUAAGAGAUGUGGCCUCUGUCGGCAACCCGGACACACACGUCGGAGUUGCCCACAGGUCAGAGGAUCAACCCAUACAGGGGGACAUCAGUAG